AUGUCAACAUCAUCCGACGAUGUUUCGUUGUUUUAUUAUGAUAAGAAAGCAAGUGAAGAUGUCAGGUCACUGAAGCAGAUUUUAAAGCAUUUUUUGAUAAUCUACACUGUUCUAAUUGCUUGCGGAGUUUUUGCAUAUGCCAUCACAUCAUUACUUUUCCACUUGAAUCACAACCCAACAACAUUGGAUAAAGCUAUGCCUACAGAACAUCCCGAUUGCAACAAACGAAUAAUUGGGUAUUACUCGGAGAAUGAGACGACUGAUAUCACCAAACGACAACUAUCUCAGUUAACUCAUGCGAUAUUUGCAUUCAUAAAACUUCAGCCUGAUGGAACACUACAGUUUCAGAGUGGUUCAGCAAAGCAGAGAUUUCUUAUUUUGAAAACUAAUGCGGAAAGUUCAACUUUAAAAGUGAUGAUUUCAAUUGGUGGCAUGGAUAUUAAUUCAGACUUUUCAUUGGUUAUUUCAGAUGAGAAGAAGAGAAGAUCUCUGAUCGAGUCUAUUGUUUCAUUUCUAACAGAACACCAAAUCGAUGGAGUCGACAUAUUUUGGAAAUGGUCAUCAAGUCGGGAUAAAUUCAAUUUUUCUGUAUUCAUGCGCGAUCUCCGUGAAAAAUUGGACAAACAACUGAAAUCCUACAUUGUAUCUAUACUGCUUCCUCCCGCCGGAGUCGAUAUUUGGGAAAUGGGUUAUGAUUUGGAUGAAAUCAUUGAUCAUAUUGAUUUUAUGAAUGUCUACUCAAUGGAUUACAGCGGACCAUGGGAUAAUAAAUGGGGAACCCCUACUGGUCCUUCCGCCCCAAUGAACUAUAAUAUUGGUCCGAGAAAACAUUUCACUGUGGAUUGGACUAUGAAAUACUAUGCAUGCAAAACAAGACAACCAAACAAAUUUAAUAUUGUGAUUCCAUUUUACGCAAGAAUAUGGAGAAGUGUUGGAGAAGCAAUAACUUUGAAAACUGAAGUAUUCAGAAAUGCGAAAUUAAUCAAUGGCAAAGCUGAUGGAGAUCCGUAUAUAUCACGAUUAAGUGUUAAACAAAAGGGAAUUGAAUUAUUUCCCUACUCUUGGGAUAAUGCAACUAAAUCUUCUUACAUCUGGAAACCCAAAGAAAAAACUUUUCUGACAUUUGAAAACGAGAGAAGCAUCGAAAAAAAGCUCCAAUACGUAAAUGAAAUGAACUUGGGAGGAGUAUGGAUUUGGUCAGUGGAUAUGGAUGAUAGAAUCAACACUCUUCUCGAUGCUGUUUCUUCUGAUAAAUUUUGUUCUUCAAGUUCUGCGAAUUCAAUUAAUUUUAAAUUCUAA